CAAAUCAAUCGCGACCGGGACAUCGAGCUGGCCACGGCUGCCAUCCGACGCGAGCUGGAACAAGCACAGUCCAGGGAAGCCAGCCUCAAAGCGGACAUUCGUCAGCUCCAGCAACAGCUAGCCGACGCCAAGAAUGGCCUCCUGGCGGCGGCCCGCAUUUCCGACCAGCUGGAGAUCGCCCAAGUCACCGUGGCAUCGCUCAAAGAAGAAUUGGCGAAGAGCAGUGAACGGUACGAAACCCUCGAGGGUCGUCUCCAGGCCACCGAAGCUAGUCAGGCGGACAAAGUGGAAAAGUCGCUGGUGAAAAAUCUGGUCAUUGGGUAUGUGGUGGCGCCCAACCAGAACGACAAGCAUCAGAUUCUGAAGCUGAUUUCGGCCGUGCUCACCAUGGACCAGGCCGAGUGCAUCAAGUUGGGACUGAAUCGGACCGGCGGAGGAUGGUUCAAUAGCAUUCUGGGCGGCAGUGGCAGUGGCAGUGCCGGUUCCGCAGCUGGCGCGGGAGCCAACUACAACAAGGAAAGCCUAACGGAAGCGUUCGUCAAGUUCCUGGAAAAGGAAUCGGCACCUCGUCCGGUGAACACCGCCGGUGGUGGACUCCUCAACAUAAUGGCCCAUCAAAGUCACCCACAAGCACCGGUCACCGCAUCCCGCACGACCACGCCACCUACUCAGACACCCCCACCCCCACAACAAACACCGAUGGACCACAAUCAGAACCCAGCCGGCGUUGCUUCGGCUCCACCGAUGGUCAUCCCAGUGCAGCCCAUUCUACUCGGAGGAGAGUCCAAUACGCUGCUGCAGCAGACGACCACCUUCCAGGCGCAGCGCAGUUCCAGCUCGAUACUCAAGGACAUCCUGAGCGAUUCAUGAUUCGAACUGUAAGAGGGUCAAAGUUCCCCUGGGAACUGGACUGAGAGUGUACUGCAUUGAGGUAGGUUUCCUACUUGUACUGUUUCAAAUUAAUUCGUGUACAUACGUUAUGGACCGUUUGUGUCUGUUUUGUUCGACCUAAUUUUAUUCUUCUGUGCAAUUGUGAAGAGAUAUUAGAUGUAGCAUGCUGAAACUAAGAUGGGACUACUUCCUGUCGUCAAAGCUAUAGAAAAUUUGUCUAUACAUUUUAAGACUGGCUUUUCAAAAUGUACAGCCCAAUUUAAAGCUGAUAGCGCACGCGUUAAGCAAUUAUAAUCAACUGAAUGAA